AAUAUUAUAUCUAUCAACAUUAUUCAAGCAAUAUGGCUAUUUUGUGCUCUUUUAAUCCAAUAAAUGUAAAUAAAUAUAAAAUAACCGUUUUUUACUUCUAAAACAAUUUCGCCGAAUAACUCAUUAAUAUUUAAGAAUCUCGAAAUAACCACAAAUAGAAUGGAUGGGUGAAAACAAUCAAAAUAAAAACAAUGUGAUAAAAAUAUUUAAUGCUUAUUUUAAUCGUCGCAUUUUUGUUAGACGUACACAAUCUAAUAUAAAAAAAAUAGUUGAAUAAAUAAUUUGGUUAUUUUCCAGACUUUUUUGUACAACAAUCGGAUAAAUAUUAAUAACGUGGACAAUUUUUUUGUGACGCCGUGGAUCAUCCGAUAUUACGUCGUCAUUUUUAUAAUCAUCUAGUGCUGAUUAUCGGUAUUGAAUAAAACUCUAACGUGGCAAGAAGCUUAUCCUAAUCAUGGAUGAACGAAAUUCAAACGGUAAAAAACUUUCUCAAAGUCAUCAAGAUGAUGAUCCUCCAAGUUCCCGAGGUGAUUCUCCAACGUCGUUCCCGUCAAUUUACAAAGCAGCACCAUUCUCUGAUGAUCCAGAAGCUAUUGCAGAAGCAGCAGCUUGUGAUUAUGACACGAAAAUUACGUUAAAAAUGGCUAAAAGUGGCAAAGCUCCAAGAAGAAUUAGAGUUUAUGCUGACGGAAUUUACGAUUUAUUUCAUCAAGGUCAUGCACGUCAACUGAUGCAAGCAAAAAAUUUAUUUCCUAAUGUUUAUCUCAUUGUUGGAAUUUGCAAUGAUGAACUAACACAUGCGAAAAAAGGUCGAACCGUUAUGACUGAUACAGAAAGAUAUGAAGCGGUUCAACACUGCCGCUACGUUGAUGAAGUAGUGCGAAAUGCACCAUGGGAACUAGAUGAAGAAUAUCUUACCAAGCAUAAAAUAGACUUUGUAGCCCAUGACGAUAUUCCCUAUUCAAGUGAAGAGGCUGAAGAUGUUUAUGCAGCUAUCAAAGCAAGAGGAAUGUUUGUGGCAACUCAAAGGACCGAAGGUGUUUCUACCUCAGAUAUUGUUGCAAGAAUAGUUAAAGAUUAUGAUAUUUAUGUGAGAAGAAAUCUAGCAAGAGGUUACAGUGCUAAAGAAUUGAAUGUUUCUUUUCUGAGUGAAAAAAAAUUCCGCCUCCAAAAUAAAUUUGAUGACUUAAAAGAUAAAGGAAAACGUGUUUUCGAAAAUAUAGAAGAAAAAAGAGUGGAUAUGAUAAGCAAAUGGGAAGAGAGAUCACGUGAUUUCAUAGAUGCAUUUCUUUUACUUUUUGGAAGAGAAGGUCGUUUGUCGACUAUUUGGAAUGAAAGUAAAGGACGUAUAAUGCAAGCUCUAUCUCCACCAGCAAGCCCGAAAAGAGCUUGUAGUCCUAAUGGAAGUAGUGGAAGUAAUAAUGAUGAGGAUCGAGUGAGUCCACCACCAAAAAAAAGCGGACGUUUCGAAUUCGACAAAAAUAAUCACUAUUUAAGUGAUGAUUACAGUGAUGAUGAUGAUGAAAUAAAUUUACAUUCCAAAUAAUUAAUAUGUAAUUUAUAAUUAUUCAUCAAUCGACAUUGUAGCUAUUAGUUGCACCUCGAGUUAAAAAAAUUAGGUUCAUUUACAUGUGCAUAAUGAUAUGCCUCUAGGAAGAAAUUAAAAAAGAAAAAAACAUUUGGCAUAUUAAUUUUAUUGAUUUACAAUUAUACAUAAAUAAAAUUGCAAUAUUUGUUAUUUAGCUAAUUAAUAUCAAAGUUCAGAUGAUUGCAGUCAAAUUAAUUAAAAACCUAGUCAAUUGUUAUGUGUAAUAACUAAUACUAUAGAGUUAAAAAUGCGAAAAUUUGAUAAUCAAUUUUUUUAAUUUAUUAACAUCAACUGACUAGAGAUUUUUUUUACUAUUCAUGUAAAUAGAUUUACUAUGUGAAUACAAAACAAAUUGAUAAAAAAAAAAAAUUGCUAGAUGACUCUAUUGGUUCUAAGAGAACAAUUGUAAUUAAUAGAUGAUUAUAUGGUUUAUUAGGAUAUUUUCAGAGAAAAUAUAUUUCCAGAGGAUACAAAUCAUGGUCGACGUUUUUUUUUUAUUAUAAUUUUUACUAAAAGAUUUACAUUAUAUCAUUAUAUAUAAACACCUUUUAUUUAUUGUUUUUAUCACACGCAAUUUUUGUAAUGUGAGUGAUGCUAUUUACACAUUUCUUUUAAGUUAAAUGCGAUUUAUUUAAAUAUAUAUAUAUUGAGUUAUUCACUAAUAACUGUUUGUUAAACAUAAAAAUAUUCUUAAUCAUUGUCAUUGAAAAAGGAAAUAUAAAUUAUUUUGAAUAACUGAUUUGUAUAGAACUUAGCACAUAUUUGUAAUAUUUAUUAAUCUGAAAUUCGAAAAAAAAUUAAAGGAAAAAAUGUAAAUUGUAAUGUAUUACUGUAAAAUGUACUGUACCGUACUGUAUAAAAGUAAUAUGUAAAUAUUUAUAUUUUAUUUGAAUAUUAAUUCAAAUAUUACAUUUGUCAUUCAUUAUCGCCUAAAUUGGGCAUGAAAGCAUGUGCACGAGAUUUGAUAAUGUGUAAUGAAUUUCCAAGUAAAUUCUGUUAACGAAAAUAUUAUUUUAUUAUAUGUAAUGAUGGCAAAAAAAUUCAAAAAAAUAAUGACUACUGCUGCAAUUUUUCACGACGAUAAA